AUGCGCACUCAAAUCCUCGCCUCCGUCUCCCUCCUCGCCGCCGGCGCCUACGCCCAGGCCUGCCUGACCACCGCCGAAGCGCAGCUCGUCGCCGACAACUUCCAGGCCCUCAUCGACCAGCCCUUCAGCAUCCCGCUCGCCGAGGCCGCACUGACCGAAGACUACGUCGACUGGGCCAGCGGCGUCAACACCCUCAUCAACUCCGGCUGCGCCGCGCCCCUCAGCCUGACCGGCCCCACCUUCACCAACCGCACCGACUUCAUCAAGGGCCAGAGCGGCCAGGCGCCCAUUGGCUUCCAGAUCCUCAACCUGUGGAACAACUGCGACACCGUCAUGCUGCGCUGGAGGGGCACCAACCUCGGCGGCCCGACGACCCCGGCCGAGGACACCACCGGCAUGAUUGUGCUCGAGGUUGUGCAGAACACCUCGUCCACCACCCAGCCGUGGCAGAUCCAGACCUCCUACUCGGAGUUCAACAGCGGUGCAUGGCUCUACGACUUGGGUGUCUUCAAGCCCACCAACUGCACCUCUUAG